AGAGAGAAAUGGUGAAGUAAUGGGGCUUUCCAAGAAUGGCCAAACAAAAUAUUGUUGUUUAUCUCCUGAAUAAAUAUAAAAGUCAUAUAAAGACGAUCAAGGAGGAAGCACUACUUACAAAAGUUAUCGCCACAUAUAUUUAUUUUUGCCACCCAUACUUAAGUGCUAGUAGUAAACUAUUCCUCUCUUCAAAUCAAGCUAAGAGUGCUUUGUUUCAUACUGCAAAGAGAAAACAUGGAGGAGAAGUUGAAGAGUUAUUGUGUAACAGGAGGGACAGGCUACAUAGGGUCAUGGCUGAUUAAAUCUCUCCUGCAAAUGGGUUACAAGGUUCAUGCUGCUGUGCGCCAUCCUGAGAAGUCAUCACAUCUAUUGAAGUUGGCUGAGGGCAGUGACAGGCUAAGAUUGUUCAAAGCUGAUUUAAGAGAAGAAGGAAGCUUUGAUGAAGCGGUGAGAAGUUGCAGUGGUCUAUUCCAUGUUGCUGCACCCAUGGAAUUCGGGGUACAAGCCACAGAAAAUGUAGACAGCUAUGUUCAAGAAAAUAUCAUAGAGCCUGCAAUUCGUGGGACCUUGAAUGUUCUCAGAUCCUGCUUGAAAUCCAACUCUAUAAAAAGAGUUGUUUUCACAUCAUCAAUCAGCACAGUCACGUCUAGAAACAGUUGUGGGAAGUGGAGACCUCUUGUGGAUGAAUCUUGCAAGAUACAUGUCCAACAUGUUAAGCACACAAAACCUAGUGGUUGGGUUUAUGUGCUAGUGAAGGUUUUGACAGAGGAUGCAGCAUUUCAAUUUGCAAAAGAAAAUGGCAUUGACUUGGUUUCAACAAUAACACCAACGGUAGCUGGUCCGUUCCUCACUCCUACAGUUCCAUUAAGCAUUCAAGUUCUCUUGUCACCAAUAACAGGUGAUCCUGAACUGUUAGCUAUACUCACGGCAGUGAAAACAAGAAUGGGAUCAAUAGCAUUAGCUCAUAUUGAGGAUAUAUGUCAUGCCCACAUAUUCCUCAUGGAGAACAUUAAAGCAGAAGGGCGAUAUAUAUGUUGUGCUAAGAGUUGGACAAUGCCUACAGUUAUCGGUGAACUUAAGAAAGAGUAUCCUUGCCCUGCUUUAGAGAGUCUAGAUGAUGAAGGGCAUGAUUCAGUGAUCCCCUCUGAGAUAUCAUCAAAGAAAUUGAGAGUUCUGGGAUUUUCUUUCAAGUAUGAAAUCGACGAUAUCAUACAAGAUACAAUUAGUACUUGUAUACAUCAUGGCUUCAUACCCUAUAAUCAAAAGUCAUAAUUGCUAUAUCAUAUGAGCAGAGUAUUUAAAUCUUUGUAGAAAUGGAUGUUUUUGUGUGAUUUCUAUGCUUGUAGACAACAGUAAUUGUGCAACUUACUUCUACUUGGAAUAUUUACAUAUGAAGAAACUGCAAUACUGUUGUGUUCUGAAGAACUUCAAAAUUAUCAUCUA